AUGGGUCGGUCACUUGCUGAAGUCCUGAAGGAUCCACAUGUCCUCAAGGCCCUGCUGAAAGAUCCCGAGUCCUUCAGUUUCAAAGAAGCCCCGACCUUGCUCUUCACGAUGGUGUCUUACCCCCCUCACACCUUCAUCAAGAAAGAAGACAUGACCACCCCGACAGUUCUCGCAGGAAUUCCCACCAAUUUCCCAAUCGCAGGACCCAUGAGCUACAUGCUGGAGAUCCUGGCGACUUCUAUCAACUUCACAUACAAGCAGGUGGUCCCACCAGAUGGUGGUUUUGGGGUCCAAGUUCCCAACGGCAGCUGGACAGGAAUGGUUGGUCAGCUCGUUGGCAAACAAGUCGACGCGGCCCUCGGACCUCUGCAAGUCAUCCACAGUCGAUCCACGUACAUCGACUACACCAUGCCUUUCUCCUUCGGCACCCUGUCGAUCAUGGGCGCGAGGGGCAGCGCCCAAGUCGACCCCUGGAGCUUCCUGUACCCCCUGACAGGCACCGUUUGGGCUGGAUUCUUCAUCACCCUUCUGGUCCUGUCGCUGUUAGACGCUACUUUCGAAAGGAUCACCAAUUCCGAGAGUAGCUGGAUCCUCACGUUCGGGAGAGCCUUGUUCCAGUAUGCUCAAACCACGAUGGGAAACGCCAAAAACAAGCUGCGUCUUAGAGGCUGGCAACGACCAUUGUUCGGAGGAUGGCUCUUCAUGGCGUUGCUUUUGAACACCAGCUACGACGGGAACUUGAGGGCUUUGAUGGCCCUCACGAUCAUCCCGCAGCCUUUCCAGACCGUGAAGGACGUCGUCCAGUCCACGUCGACUAAGAUCAUCAUCGAAAAACGGACGUCCUACACAGAUGUCCUGAGUAAAGUGCCAUCCGGUGACGUCAGAGCCCUGGACGACGCUGGAUCAGCAGGACGCUACGUGGAUCGCAAGAUCGGAGACUUUAUGCUCUAUUACGACCUUGUCCUUCGCGGUGAUCACGUUCAGAUAUUCGACGUGAUCACUUCCCUGAGAUAUUUCGCUCAGUACUUCUCGCAGACAGGUCUUCUCAUACUCGUAGGGAGGAGAAAUUCUUCCUGCGUCGAGAAGCGCCUCCAGCAGGCCCAACCGAUGGGCAUCAGGAGCCUUCCCGAUGAUUUUCGUGUUCUUUAUGAUGACAUCCCGGGAGAUGGCCUCUUGAUGUUUGGUGCGGGCGUGAUUCUUGAUAGCCCCCUCUUGGGCAUAGCAUGA